AUGGCGGAGGGUGGCUCGCUCGUCUCCCUAGACUAUGAGGUGUUUGGGAAGGUUCAGGGGGUUUUCUUCCGCAAGUACACACAGGCGGAGGGGACACGCCUGGGCUUGGUUGGCUGGGUGCAAAAUACAGACAACGGGACAGUCCAGGGGCAGAUUCAGGGGCCGCUAAGCCGAGUGCGGGAGAUGCAGGAAUGGCUGCAGAACAAGGGGAGCCCCAAAUCCCGAAUCACAGAGGCCAAAUUUCACAACCAGAGGGACAUCCAACAACUAGAGUUCAGAAGUUUCUCCAUUAAAAAGUGA